AUGUUAUCCGAAGGAUUUAUUACAUCGAUUCGAGCCCAGCCAAGAACUGCGAAUACUGCCAUUGCGAAAGAUAUCGGAAUUUACCUUCACACCUUACACCCUUCUCCGAAAAUAGAAUCAAACUUCAAGAAAAGUUCGACUUCAGUGAACGCCCUCGCGGCAAAUUCUACUCAUAUUUUCGCGGCACAAGCUGAUAAGGCGGUUGUUCAUGUUUACUCAAGAGAACGCGGGAAUCAAGAAGCUUUAAUUUCCUUUCCCGAAAGGUUACACACUUUAACUUUGGUCGGCGAUGGACUUUUAGUAUUGGGUACAGCCGAAGGGCGGGUCAUACUCUGGGAUGUCUUCACCGGUCGACAAGUCUCAACAUCAGCUGCACAUCUUCAACCAGUUUCAUGUAUUGCGGCGACUUCAACACACCUUGUUACUGGUUCCGAAGAUUCGAAUCUCCAUGUUUGGUCCAUCCCACAACUUCUAUCAUUGCAUACAAAUACGAACGAACCACAUGAACCAAUCCGAACCUUGUCAAACCAUCGAGCCGCAAUAACUUCCGUUGUUAUGGGUCAUAGUUCCAGUACAUCAAAUAUAUGCAUAUCUGCGAGUAAGGAUAAUUCGAUUAUUGUUUGGAACUAUCAUACGGGAGAUCUCUUACGGACAUUCUUACUCCCAGCAACACCAUUAUGCAUGGCAUUGGAUCCGUGUGAUCGCGCGGUAUAUGCGGGCUUUGAAGACGCUUCAUUACAAAUGAUUGAACUUGUUCAGUCCAACUCAGCAAUCAACCCAUUAUAUGACAUCGGCCUACAGAAUACUCCCGUUCAAAUUACCCUACCUGCUUGGUCCCCGCCAUCGGAAAUUGGUGCUGUACAUUGUUUAGGGCUGAGUUAUGACGGAACAACUUUGUUUUCGGGACAUUCUUCUGGAAAGAUUGCACACUGGGAUACUGGAAGACGUGCUUUCUUGGUAGAACUUGCGGACUUGAAUGCCCCAGUAACAAAUCUUGUCAUGCAAUCUCCAUUUCCCAAGACACCAAAGACCAAAUCAAUAAAUGUGGUCAAGCCUAAAUUGGCUGAGGGUAAUCAUACAUUCACAGCUCAACUGAAUGGUGCCAAAGGAUCAUCGACCUUUAAUCACGCCUUGGAAUAUCAAGGAUUUCCUCCAGGUAUGCUCGAGAAAGCAUUACUAGAUCUCGCGGGACCAGUACCUCCAGCUACAGCACCAGCUCUAGCUACAGCACCAGCUCUAGCUACAGCUGCUUCCCCGUCUUCCCCUUCGUCCUCCAGCGAGGAAAAAAAGUUACGAAAAGAAAAUGCGGAAUUGUGGAAGGUUAUUAACGAGCAACGUGCUCUUCAAAAGAAAACCUUUGAGAAAUAUUCUCAAUUGAAAACUGGUGGUGUUUGA